AUGGCAAAAUCUAUACAUGUUGUGUCCAAGCUAGAUAACGCCAAGCAUGCCGUCUUUCACAUUGAUCAGGACCUUCCAAGCCUAGCGGCAUCUUCAGUCCGUGUCCAGACAUGGCUUGUUUCCCUCACUUACAACAACUUGACCUACGCCCGAUCGGGAACCCUUCUGAAGUGGUGGGAUACCUAUCCCGUCCCUGAAUCGAGUCCAACUCCCUUCAACAAUCGGGAAGAAUGGGGCAUCGUGCCAGCCUGGGGCUAUGGUCGCGUCCUCGAGAGCACAAUUGAUGCCAUAGCGCCAGGGUCGCUACUGUGGGGCAUGUGGCCUACUUCAGAGCACGCCGUCGACCUCCAACUCGAAGCAACCGAGCCAUCGAGCCAUUGGCCAGAGCGCAGCGCGCAGCGAAGUAAGCUCAUGACUAUGUACAACAGCUACGAGCAAGUUAGUGAAAGCGAUGCGCAGACCAUGCGCAUGACCGCGCUCUGCAAACCCCUCUGGCAGGGCCCGCAUCUGCUCAACACAAGCGUGUUUUCCACACGACGUAUUCACCCUUUUGGCUUCGGUGCGCCAUGGUCCCAGGAGGAUGCCGACUUAUCGUCGGCCAUAGUCGUUAGUCUCUCCGCCUCAAGCAAGACUGGCCGAAGCUUUGGCUGGGAAAUGGCCAGGAAUCGAGAUGUAUCAAAACACGGUCCUCGUGCCUUGAUACAAAUGACAUCAGUCCCCAACACAUUACCCCGAUACGAAUCGCCCUUGCCAAUGAAGGCAGCUACAUACGACGACACAAGCACCAUGGCCUGGGCGGAGCAAUUCGACCCAUCAAGAGUAGUGAUUGUCGACUUCGGCGCAUCCAACGCAGUCCUCGAGUCAGUCAGGGCCGCGGCAUCAAAGCUUGCUCAAAAAGUCACCGUCGUUGCUGUGGGCUACGAAGCCAAAGUCUAUACUCAAGAGGAGAUUGCAGCCAGAAUGGCGACUGCUAAUACCAAGGUCCUGGUCAACACGAGCGGGCUGCGAGAUCGUGUCAUCGAAUCUCAAGGCGCGUUGGAAUUCUCCCAGCAGAUAGACGGGACGUGGAAUAGGUGUUUGAAAGGAGAUGCUUUUGCCAGUCUACAGGUAAAGGUCUUGAAUGCUGUUCGAGGGGAAGAAGGCAUUGAGGGAGCUUGGAGUGCUUUGUGUGAUCGCAAAGUUGCAGCAGAUGUCGGUAUGGUGGCUGAGUUUUCUAAUAUAUAG